AUGAACGAGACAAAAGAAGAAAGUGAACAUGUAGAGGCAGCAAAACGAAUAAUCGUCGAACGAAUAGAAGUGUGGUAUGCUAAAUUUCACCCUCCUGCUGUCACUACAAUUUCAAAAGCUAUCAGUCCGCCAUUGCGAAACAUAACAAGCUUUGAUCUAGAAGCUGCCGGUCUCCGUGCCCUUCCUUCAUCGAAUGUUCUUGGAGCCCUGCCGUGUCUUCAAGUUCUUAACCUCCGGUACAAUAAACUCAGAAGUCUCAAUGGUGGAUUACUUCAAUGCCGGUGCCUGGAAGAGCUUGAUCUUGAUGAUAAUUACCUCAGAUCAGUUCGAGGUGAACUGAAAAAUCUGCAUUGUUUACGCUUACUCUCGGUCAAAAGGAAUUCCAUCGACAGUGUGAAUGACACAAUCAAUGAAUUAAAACAAAUGCACAGGAUUCAGCAGGUGGAUUUUAGGGGAAAUCCCUUAAAAGAGGAGGAAAAUUACUCCAUUAGGAUGUGGAAGGCACUUCCGAGCCUGACAGUUCUUGAUUCUCGGAAGAAAUUUACGGACAAAUCCUCAUUUGAAGCAGUUAAAAUUUCCGGAAAGCACGAGGAGACUGAAAUUAGAAAGAGUAAAUUAAACUCAACUGCAAGAAUCUGUGAACGUUAUCGUCGCAGUCUGCUUCGAAAGGUCUACUUGACGAAACAGAUCCAAACUGAUGAAACAGGUCUGAAUAUCGAUACUGCUGACGAUAAGAUUUAUUUUUUAAAUGGUUCAUAA